AUGAUUCCAGAACCAGACACGGGUUUUCGCAAGCGCGUGGCACAGCGGUUCCGCCUCCGCUGUCUGUCAGAUUUUUUCGGUGCUGGGGAUACAUGGCCUAGCUGUAAUGUGUUUGUCGAUACGUAUGUGGACUACACCUUACAGUCCCCGACAGUAUACACCCAGGCUGUGAUAUUGGAGAGACUCUACAAGGAGCUUACGCAAGUGGUGAGACGCGUGUGUCCGACUCGUACACAUCUGGCGCGGCCGUGCCGAUGCCCCUACACUUUGGUGUUGCUACCUCGACUCGGUCGUUCAUAA